CUAUAUGAUUCCCAGUUUAUAAUGGAGAGGUUGGUUAUGUGUGCGGGUGUUGUUUGCGGUUGGAAGUAGAUACUGUGCAAACGUAGGAAUAUUCAUGUAAUGUUUGCUUGAUAUAGUAGUAAAGAAUUAAUCAAAAACUGGAGAUACAGUUCAGCAAUACAUUCUCAGUCAUGACUGCGUUAUUUGGUUUUCUUGCGCUGUUUGUGUCUGGCUCUUAUGCCUUGUAUCCUUCAAGUUCUGAAGUUGUUGAAUUAACUCCAGCAAAUUUCGAUCGGCUCGUCAUACAGAGUGAUGCCCUUUGGAUAGUAGAGUUUUAUGCACCAUGGUGUGGUCACUGUCAGCAGUUGGUUCCGGAAUAUACGAAAGCUGCUACAGCAUUGAAGGGUGUUAUAAAAGUUGGAGCUGUAAAUGUUGAUGAACACAAAUCACUUGGUGGACAGUAUGGUGUAAAAGGUUUUCCAACAGUUAAAAUCUUUGGUGGAAAUAAGAAUAAACCAGAGGAGUACAAUGGACCAAGGACAGCACAGGGACUGGUGGAUGCUGGUUUCGAUGCAUUGAGAAGCAAAGUGUCAGCUCAAAUGGCAGGCAAGAAGAGUGGAGGUUCUGGUUCAGAUGGUAAAAAGGGUGAUCCUAAGGAUGUCAUAGAAUUGACUGAUUCAAAUUUUGAUUCGUUAGUUCUAAAUUCAGAAGACAUGUGGUUGGUGGAAUUUUAUGCACCUUGGUGCGGUCAUUGUAAGAACUUAGCUCCUCAUUGGGCUCAAGCAGCCAGUGAACUUAAAGGAAGGGUUAAAGUGGGCGCUGUGGAUGCUACUGUUCAUACUAUCAAGUCUAACCGGUAUGGUGUUCAAGGUUACCCAACCAUCAAGUUCUUUCCCCCUGGAAAGAAGGAUGCCAGUUCCGCUGCUGAGUAUAAUGGUGGACGUACUGGCAGUGAUAUUGUCAAUUGGGCGUUAGAGAAGUUAGCAGAGAAUGUACCUCCUCCAGAAAUCAAACAGGUUAUUGAUGAAGAUACUUUGAAAGAGGCAUGUGAACAGCAUCCGCUCUGUGUCGUGUCUGUUCUGCCUCAUAUACUAGAUUGCCAGGCUAAUUGCCGUAAUGGCUACCUUGACGUUCUCAACAAAAUGGGAGACAAAUACAAGAAGAAGAUGUGGGGAUGGGUAUGGGCUGAAGCUGGUGCACAACCUGAAUUGGAAACAAUGCUGGAGAUUGGAGGGUUUGGCUACCCUGCUAUGGCUGUCAUGAAUACAAAAAAAAUGAAGUACUCCAUACUACGAGGUUCCUUUUCAGAUGAUGGAAUCAAUGAAUUCCUUCGGGAUCUGUCAUUUGGCCGAGGAUCCACAUCUCCAGUUAAAGGUGCAGCACUGCCAAAAAUCAAUCCUACAGAACCGUGGGAUGGUAAGGAUGGAGAGCUGCCACCUGAAGAGGACAUAGAUCUCUCGGACAUUGAUCUAGAUGACGCUGACAAUAAGGAUGAGUUAUAAGUGAUACAUGUUUAAAUGUGUGUGUAAUUGAAUAACAAUAUAUGUGAAGAUCGAUGCAGCAAUAGCUGCUUAGAUUCAACAACCGUGGUCCAGAAAAUGAGUAAGCGCUAAAAGAGAAUGGAGGGAUCAGAAAUGUACAUGAGAUCACAGUUUCAACAGAAUUAAUUGCGACACAAAAGAACAAAUAAUGAAGUGAAUAAGAAUGAUGAGAGAUUUUUCAGUGUGGUGCUGUAGAGGCUGUUCAUUAUUUGAUUGAAUUUAUUGGCCAUAUCAUGCUCCAAUUUAUGUGUUAUACACGUAGAAGUACUCUGGAGAAUUUUUUGUUGUCAGGAAUUAUAUUUUACCUCGAUACCUCUUUAUAACAGGUUAAUUAAUUUUGAAUUGCUAAUCUUCAGUUAAUGUAGUUCAUAAUUGCCUCGUGCAAGUUUUUGCAUUUUUAAACCCAUUUGUUGUCAAUAAAUUACUUAUUCUUCCAUAAACAUCUGAUAUUUAAGGAAGUCUGGAACCUUUUCUUUGCCGAGUGCCAUAUGGUGUCUACUUCAUCUUCAGUCCCAAUCGCACAUUGCUUAGGGUUAAGACAUGCUUCCUGUGCUGAAGGUUUAGGUUCAAGACCAACUGAACACAUGUAGUUUUUCCCACAUGCAGCUAUUCGGUGUUCACGUCAAACUGUAAGCCACUCUGCUUACUUCAUUCUUGCUGUCUUUGGUCAUGUGAGAGUAGUGGAAUCUGACUUGCAGGUGAUUUUUCAUCAGAAAUACAUUUUUUGAUCACUCUUGAGUGAAUGGAGAUGAAGAUGGUCUAUAAGACAUUCACAGCACAUAAGACAACAGUAAGGAAUGUAGUGAGUUUACUUCGAAGUCAUAAUUGCUUCUAGUGUAAUGCUGCUGAAGGGUUGAUGGUGCCUGACUUUCUUAUGCCUGUUAUAAAAUUGUAUUUUGGGUUUAACAGACUUUUUUCCAUCAGAUUUUGUAAUUAUUCAUGAUGAGGGUGAAUUUUAACAUAUGAUUUAAUUUACUAUUUAAAAUUUAAUUUAAAAAAUAAGACAUUUGAUAAAAUUUGGUUUGUGGAAAUUGAUUAAUUGCUGCAGUUCAUAGAAAAUUAAACCUUUGUUAUUUAGAAGUUAAAAUUACAUUACACUUCAGUGUAUUUUCUGGUUGGGUUUAAUAGUUAUUUAAUGUGACCUCUAAAAUAUAUCAUUAAAUGCCUAAUUAUUUCUUCAGAUUUAAUUGGCAUUCCAGUUGUUUAACUUCGUAUAAUUUGUUUACCGUAGCAGGCCACUGGGCUUGUGACAUGGGAAUGCUGCUCCCGAUGGUGGUAUUUUGUGUAAUGUAACACGGUAUGUAACAAGUAAUUGCGAGAACAGUUUGUGGCCAUUAAUGUCACUUACAUGCAGUAUGAACUCAUCAUGUAUGGAUAUUAUUUCAGACAUUAUUCCUCAAUUAAUGUUAUUUCGUUGCAGCUUGACUGUUAUCGUCCAUGUGUUGCAUAUUACCCACAGUGCAGCUGGGCAUGUGUCACAUAGCAAACUGUUAACUCUGCAGUUAGUCUGGCUGGCAGGCUCGUUGCAUGGAGGUUUAAAUCCUCUGUUCCGGUAUGAUAAAGGUCCAGACAUGAAAGAUGCAAUAUCUGAACCUAAUGAAAAUAAUUCUUUAUUGCUGUGAGCUUCAUAAUUAUCUUAUUUUAUUUUCAGAUAUAGUAAUAGGUGUAUUUUACACAUUUUCACCCACACUCUAAAGGUGGAUAACAUGCUAAACAAAUGGAGUGUGUGUGAAAGCAUCACUUGAAUUUAAUAUUAUUAUAAGGACUGCCCGCAAGAAUGUUGUAACUCAUUGUGUGCAAUAAAUGGGAUGAAUAUGCUUCCACA